AUGAACGCACCAGCAGCGUUCGAAUCAUUUUUAAUCUUUGACGGUGAGCGGAAGAUCAGUUUUGAGAAAGACACCAAAGUUCCUAACGCCGCUGUAUUCACCAUCAACAAGGAAGAUCACACUAUUGGAAACCUUCUGAAGCACCAGCUUUUGAAGGACCCCAACGUUCUUUUCGCCGGAUACAAAAACCCUCACCCUCUCGAGCAUUGCAUUAUUCUCCGUGUGCAAACUACAAGCGAUAGUACUCCCUCGGACGCAUUGACAAACGCGAUUACUGAUUUGAUCGCCGAGCUUUCCUUGUUCGAAGAGAGAUUUAAGGUUUACUCUCCCUACACUCCUUCUAUUAGUAUUAUUGUUCUAGGACGCUGUAAAGGAGCCUUCAAAAUGACUUCCGAGUGUUCUCCUAUUAUUCGUGUAUGUAGAAAACGAUCAGCUGAUCCUCAUAGCGCAUUAGUUGUUCAAUUAAAGCGGCAAAAAGCCGACCCCCUUCUUUUCUCACUUUUCAAAACAUGUGAUACCCCCGAACCUGAAUUCACUGAAAAAUCGUCAUCAAAGAAAGUCAUCGAUUUCUCCUCCAAUAAUGAUACUCAUAGCAAUGACAUCGAAAUAGACAAUCCAUUAGCGUUCGCUAACAAUUCAAUUAAUGAAGUUGGUGGUCCAGAACCUCAAGUGAGGCACGAUGAUCAGAUAAUUACGAUCAAUGGACAACCUAUGGUCUCCAACCGGCCUACUGCCGACUUCGUUUUUGACUUUUACAAAAUAUCCAGAGGCUUCAUCAGUAAAGAUGUUGAGGAUAUCACAGAUCUCGAUAUGCGUUUCGCCACUAAAGAAGAAGAAGAUAUGUUGUGUCUCGAUGAUAACUCUGAGAGCGAAAACGGUUGUUUAGAGGACGAUGAAGAUUCUAAUGAUGAAGGCAAUUGGCGUAAUGAUUAUCCUGAAGAAGAAUCUGAAGAUGAGUUCCACAACGGUGAAGAUGAUAACGGUGGUGAUUUCGGUAACCUGCGAUUGCAAAUGCAGCGAUUCGGCUUCAACGAUGAAGAAGAAGAGUAUGAUGUCGAUGAUGAUUUAGAUCUAGAAAAUGAUUAUGAUCAAUUCGAUAUUCUUGCUGACGAUGAAGUUGAUCACAUUUUUGAUGACGAUGAUGAUGACGAUGAUGACAAUGGGUUAGGCGUUGAGUAA